AAUCUUCGAUUCUCUUGUUUCAGCGUUUGUGCGGUUCAACGUUCAACUGAUCUUAUAUGUUCCUUAGUAAGUUAAUAUCAUCUCUAUCUUCGCUUUCUCUUAACCCUAGCACGAGAGCGACUAGGUUUCUUGUUCAGAACGCUCCAAAGCUCAUCCAACCUUUAAGAACUCGAGCCUUCUCCGGGAGCUCAGGGUUCGAUGGAUUCGGAGACGACGACAACGGUUGGGACAUCCCAACGGGAGGAGACUCGUUAGGUGGUGGUACAGGAUCAGACGAUCUUGGUUGGGACAAUAAGUCAAUGUGGUCAACUGGUUUCACCACAGAACAUUUCGAUGGUGUCUCCGUUGGUCGUAAGAAAAACACAAACCCUUCUACUUCCGACAACACCGGUUCUGAUGAUACUGGUGACGUAAUGAGCAAGUUGGGUCCGAGAGAAGUGGCUAUGGUCAACGAGAUGAAUGAGUAUGAUGAUUUGCUAAAAGAGAUUGAUCAAGAUAAUAAAGAGAGCAAGGCUUUUGUUGAUGGGAUUAAAAAUAGGAUGAUGGAGAUUAGCGUGUUGCUCAAGCAAGUAAGGGAGCCUGGAGCGAGAGGGGCUUAUCUUAAGGACUCUGAGAAGACUGAGAUGUAUAGGUUGCACAAAGAGAAUCCUGAGGUGUAUACCGUUGAGAGGCUUGCUAAGGAUUAUAGGGUUAUGAGGCAGCGUGUUCACGCCAUUCUUUUUCUUAAAGAAGAUGAAGAAGAAGAGGAGAGAAAGCUUGGUCGUCCCUUGGAUGAUUCCGUUGAGCGUUUGCUUGAUGAGUACCCUGAGUUCUUUGUUUCGCAUGACCGGGAGUUUCAUGUGGCCUCACUCAAGUACAACCCUGGUUUCAAGGUCAUGCCAGAAGGAUGGGAGGGUACAAUCAAAGAUAUAGAUGAAGUCCAUUAUGAGAUCUCAAAGAAAGAAGAUGACAUGCUUUAUGAAGAAUUCGUGCAAAGGUUUGAGUUCAACAAAAUGAAAUGGAGAGGAGAAGUGAAGUGUCACAAGUAUAGCAGAAGACGUUCAACAGAUGGAUGGAAAAUCACGAUUGAGAAAUUGGGACCUAGAGGAAAACGUGGAGCCGGAGGUGGCUGGAAGUUUGUGAGUCUUCCAGAUGGAUCGAGCCGGCCUCUCAACGAAAUGGAGAAGGUUUACGUUAAGCGAGAAACCCCGCGUCGUCGCCGCAAGAUCCUGGCAUGUUCUAAAGGAACUGUAUCAAAAGCCUGCAAAGCAAAGAAGUAUAUUACAAAAAGAAAAGAGAAGUAUCCUUGCACACAACCUAGGAAGUACUUCUUUAAGAUAUGGAAGAAGAAUGUGCCACCAUAGACAUUUAAUUAAAAAAAAAUAAUAACUUUUUUUUAAACAAUUUUACUUCUUAAAAUUUUGGGAAUUAAAGCCAGCAUUUCAUAGGGUUGUACUGCCCUUGAAAAGAAGGUCACAAGAAGAUAUUGAUGAUGAAAAGGCGAAUACAUAAUUUGAGAGAAUGAUUUUGGCGUUUUUGGAGUCUCUCCUACUUUUACAACCUUUACCAAAAUACUCCUAGUAUGUUGUAUAUAUACGUUUACUUAAAUACUAGUGGAACACACCAUGCCAUCUCCUAAGAGCCAAGUGCAGCGAUUAACACAGCCGGACAAUUUUAAAAGUUAGAAACAUUUUAGAACAAAUACAUUUGUAUAAAUAAAAAUGUAUUUUGACGAUAUAGAAACAAUAAAACAUCUAUGUUUUAGAGAAAAGUUAGGAACUAAUGCCAAUGUUUCAUUAGAUUUUUGUCUAGGACCGACUAUGCAUGAGUGAGGCCGAUGGCUAAGAUGUCAUCUUCUCUCCACAAUGACGAUUCAGCUAUGAAUAACUUCACAACGACCUUUCACGGAUACGGGAAUAUGAUCACCUAGAUGAGUAUGACAUUUUUUCUUGCAUUUCUAUUCUAUUUAGAAAUUGGAGUAAAUCUAACAAAAAUAUUAUUUUUUUACAAUGGUAACAACCAACAGAAUACAUGAACGAAAUCAUAAAUAAACAAAAAAAGAAACACGUAUAUAUGAGGUAUGACAUCUUAUAUAUUAAAACAGAAAUCACAACUUUGAUUCA